GUUUGCUCUUGUGUCCUUUUAAUCCAUCCUCCAAUCUAACCACCUUCCUUCAUCUUCAAUCCUCACACAGUUCUCUCUCGUCUUCAUAAACUCAAAUGUCCACCAACUUACACUCAAAUCCAUUCCACCCCAACACAAGUCCUUCAACAUGGAAUCCCUCUGGUGGCUUUGCUUCACAACCUCUCUUCUCCUCAUUCAACUCGGCGUAGCUGGAGCACAAGCCCCGGUUGCUGCACCCUCCGGGCAGCCACCACCGGCCGCCGCCACACCUCCACCAGUGACACCACCACCCUCCUCAAGCCCUCCAAGCUCACCACCUCCAGUCUCCACACCACCACCACUGCCACCACCGCCGGUGGUCACACCGCCACCACCAGUGCCACCGGCAUCACCUCCUGUUCCAUUAGCACCAGCAUUACCACCACCACCAGCACUGCCGCCGCCGCCAGCAUUGCCGCCACCACCAUUACCGCCACCGCCGAUGCCAGCGCCGGUGCCGCCACCAAUUCCACCACCGCCGGUGCCAGCUCCGGCUACACCUCCACCAAUGCCAGGGCCGGCACCAGCACCGUCGAUAUCUGCACCAGUACCGGCACCAGCUCCAGCGAAGGGUAAGGGGAAGCAUAAGAAGAGAAGGCAUAGGAAGAAGCAUGCACCAGCGCCGGCGCCGACAGUGCCGAGCCCGCCGGCCCCGAUUGCGCCCACACCACCUGAUGCGGAGGAUGUAACAAGUCCGGCGCCUCAACCGAUUGAUCUGAAUGGAAGCAUUGCGAUGUUUGGGAAUGGAGGGAUGCUCCAAAGCUGGGUGACUACCGUAUUGGCUUUCUUUGUGCUGUUAAUGAUCUAAGUUCGCACCGCUUGCGGCCACAUAGAAGAAUUCCAGUUUGUCUUAUGUUGCAGAGGAUUAUCUUCAUUUGUUCACCAGCUACGAAUGCUAUCUUUAUAUUUAUUUUCACAUUAGUUUCAGUGUGUGAUAAAGCAAGACAAUUUUUUCUGCUGUCUCGGACAUGAAAAUGGAAUUGGUUCAAUC